GGUUGCCUAACUGUCAAGGAACAUGAAGUUUUAUCCUAUAACUAAUUAACUGCCUUUGACCCAUCGCCUUCAUAUUCUCCCUUCUAGCUCAUAAUUUUCCAAAUCUAAUUAUCUUCUACUUCUCUUCUUCCUACCGUUUGUGGCCGUAAUCCCCCAUUGUUGUCCUCUCCAAUGGGUGACCAAAGUUCAAAGCUCACCCCAGAAGCCGAGGCUGUGCCUCCUAGGAUCCUUUCCCUCUUGCAGAGACGCUUCGAGGAGAUGAAGAGCCGGUCCAAGGCACGAAAGCUAAAGGCCGCUAGUACUCUCUCCAAGAAACAGCUACUUAAGGACUGUGCACAGGAGGAGGUUGAUAACUCUCUCCUUCAUACGCCGCAGUCUUCACCAGAGUCUGACAAAAUAACAUGUCCGAAGAUACCACCAACAUUGGAGAACAAGUCCAAGGUUGCACCAAUCUCGCCGGAGUGUGACAAAGGUACAAAACAGGUUGAUGAUGAGGACCAAAAGAAGGAGCAAAUUAAGAGAGAUGGGACGGAGUGUAGUGUUGAAGAUCAUAAAGAGCCAAAGAGUGUGAAUGUGUAUAUAGGAGGGGUUUUUGCAAUGGAGGAUACCACAGAGGGAGAGGAAGAGGACGAAGAUAAUGAAGAUGGUAUGCAGAGAAACAGAGAAUUUUUUAUGUGUCCCGCGUCGCCAAGUUUUAAAAUUUAUUGCAUGGAAGCUCUGGAAAUUGAAAAUGAUAGCAGCAAAUACGACAGCACAAUGGAUGAGGAUAUCAAGCACAAGAAAUCGCCAAGUGCUGCGUCUGCAGACUGCAGUGUUGAUAGCCUAGUGUCAACGACUGAUCACCACGAUGGCCAGGUAACAAAGACAAAGAAGAAAGGAAGGAGAAGGAGAAGAGUACAAAAUGGAUUCGGAGUAAAGAAUCUAUUGCACAUUACAGGAUGCUACUACCUAGGUUGCAGUGGUGGCCACGACAGAGCCACCUAUCUGGCCGAGAAAUCUGCAGCCACUUGAUCACGCAGGGAACUGUGAGCUUGAUAUACAUUGUUGAUCCAUUCCGUGACAGCGGUUGGGGUCUAGUGUUUCUCUAACAUGAUAUCAGAGCUGCAGUUCCAAGAGGCCUUCGGUUCAAAAUCUCCAAGCCACCACACCUAAUCACUUGUCAAGUUAAUUAACCUGCAGGGUGGGGGUUGCACCUAUACAGUCGUGCAGGAUGAAGCUGCAUGUAAGAGAAUGCGUUGGCUUGAGUGAUUUUCGCUAGGAAUGAGCAAGAAGAGUGAUAGUUAUUAUUUUCGUACUUUUCCUUCGGUCUCUUUCUUAUUCUUGGCCGUGAGAUUUUCAUUUUCCUGCAAUUCUGGAUCAUGACUCUCUAAUUCAUGUCCUUCAGACCAAAAUUUGUGUCCCAAUGUAAAUCAGUAGAGAUGUACAUUGUGAUUACAGUUGGAAAAGCUCUCUUGCCUGAUAUAUAUGCAUUGGGACGUUGUUCUUAAUUAUGUACAACAAAAAAGAUCAAACCAAAAAAAAAAAAAAAAAAAAAAAUUGAGAAGUACUUAACUAAAUGAUCACAAAUAGGAUCAAAUUGCUCGUCAGAAGCUGAAGACAUUAGUUGAUUAAGCUACCUUUUAGCGAAUAUUUAAAACUGCUAAGCACAAUGAAACAUUAUAGUAAACAGUAAUUAACGUAAUGAAAGAUCGAUCACUUGCUCAAAGGCCAGCUUGAUCAGCUCAGAAAGUAGCAACUCAAUCAUACUCUUUAAUUCCUCCAGACUACUCCAUCUCCUUGCAGAACCAUAAAAGGCAAAAUGUGUGUCAAGAAGACUUCCUGACAAUAUUCCGUUCUUCCUAGCGAGAUGGUUUG